GGAUUAAGUAUUCCCUCCAGUAAUAAGUUAGUGUAUUCUAACUGAGAUUUUGAUUGAUUUGUAUUAAAAUGACAAAUGUUCAAAAUGAAUUUUAAAAAUUCAUUUAAAAUCAAGUUUUAUUGUAUUUGAUAUUUUAUAAAGUACUAAAAAUUCACUGCUGUUGAAAAUAUUUUAAAUUGGGGGAUAAUUUUAAAUACUUUAUGAAAUAUCAAAUUCAAUAAGAUAUUUUCUUAUGAUAUAUCAAAUUCAAUAGAAUAAUCGAGCUGAAAUACUUUGUUUAAAUAUCAGCUAAAAUACUUUAUGAAACAUCAUGUUUGAUAAAAUAUCAAGUUCAUGAGAAUUGAUUGAGUUUUUUAGUUAAAAAAAAUAAAAAUAAAAUUUCAUCGAUUUAUGUGAGAUUAAUCUAGAAUAGUUUAAUGAAAAUCAUAUUAAAUCUCCAAUCAUGCAAAAUCAUCAUAAUUUUGAAUACCACCCCUGACAGAUUUCUAAUACUUCCAACAAAAAUAUGACAAUAGUUCAACAAUCAUAUAUUCAUAUCUGAUGAUGAAUAUUCAAACAGUUAUAAAAAGAGAAGACGAAUCAAGGUAACAAUAACAAAUGUUCUUAGACUGAUGACUAUAAUAGCGGCCAAUCAAUCAUCGCCACGUAACCAGUUUUUGGCGAGUCCAAGCACACGAGUCGGUGGUCAGGACACCUAUAUAUAUAUAUAUACGCGUAGGGUUUCUAUUUUCGUCUCACUCCUCCCUCUUUCAUUCACUUCUCGCAUCGAUCCAUCAUCUUUCUCUCUUCUCUUUUAGGUCAACAAUGGCGAGAGGAGGAACAAAGAGAAAGAUUGAGAUCAAGAAACGUGAAACCAAAGAACAACGAGCGGUGGCUUACUCUAAACGCCGUAAAACGCUCUUCUCCAAAUCCGCCGAGCUCUGCUGUUUAUCCGGUGCAAACAUCGCCGUCUUCGUUACCUCUCCGGGAGAUAAACCCAACGUUGCCUCUUCCUUCUCGGGUCACGCCUCUGCCUCAGAGAUUGUUGAUUGUUACUUCAACGGCACGCUUCCUCCGAAGAUUAGUGGUCCUGAAUCCAAGUCAGGGUUUUGGUGGACGGAUCCUGAUCUUUACAGUUCUUGCGAUGAUCUCUCGCAGUUGGAUGUGAUCGAGGAUCUUAUUAAGAGGACUAAGAAGGAUUUGAUGGAUUGCCUUGAGAAGCAAGAAAAGUCUAGGGUUUGUUGCUUUGAUUCCCAUCAAAACCCUAACUCCUCCUCACAAGCCGUCACUAUGUAUCAGAACACUAGCAAACCUCUCGACGGAUCUUCACAAGUAAUCUAUGGCGGUGAGUCUUCUUCAGGGCAAUCUCGUUACUUGGUGAACAAGGAUGUUGGUAACUGCUUAUGGGAGACAAAGAAAGAGAAUAACCUAAUUAUGAGUGUACCCCAAGAAACAGAACAAACACAGUCGAUAAUCAACGUGGAUGGUGGUGAUGAGGGUCAGAGCUUUUGGGAUGAACUCUGUGACGAAGAUAUGUUUGGUCUUAAUAACGGUGAAGACGAUGUCAUGAUCGACAUUGGGGAAUUUCUCAACGAAAUAGAGAGUGGGGAAAGUUAGUCACUGUGGUACUAUUUUAAAACUCUUGUUAUAAUCCUUAAUUAGGUACUAUUUUAUGAAUAUGUAACGACGAUGUUGAAACUAUUUUCAUUUUGGGAAGCUAAUUUUUCUCUCAGAGUUUCUCUUUGAUUGUUUGUUCAAACAGGAUUCUUGUAGAUUAAUCAAAAUAUUCGUUAUAUCUGGAUACUGUUUGUUUAUAGCUUUUUUUUUAAUUUGAUUGAGUUAUGGAGUAGUAAUAUUUUAACAUACAACUAUAGCAAUUUGAUAACAUAUAUCUUCGGCUUGUUUCUAGAAGCAAAAAAAAAACCAUAAAAUUUUAAGUUCUUUCUACCAAUAUAUAUUUUUCUGCAGACUAACAGAAACACGUAAAGGACAUGGGAGUAGAAGAAGAAAGAGCUGCUAGAGAAAUGCCUGUUCUAGAGGCUAAUGAUAAGACUCAAUCUAACAUUGAUGUAAGAGAGCAUCGUCGGUCUGGCCAAUGUUUUGUAAGAGAAGAAACCAUUAUAGUUUGAAGUUAAAGAGAGGCAGAACGAGAAGGGAGUUGUGCAGAUAUGUUUUUUUUUUUAGCAACCGGAGUUGUACAGAUAUGUAAAUUACUCAAGAAAGAGAAUUUUUGCGAGAGAGGAGGAAACAAAAAGCAGCUCUUUAGGCACCAUAGAUGAUGAUCAGAUACGUCAGGAUAUGUGUGUUUCCUUGAGCUUAUGAUGCAUAAACAAGGUUUUACUUGCUAUCGAAAAUGUGAUGCUUGCAUCUUUAGAACAUGCCUUUCUGUUGUUGUACAAAAUUUCAGAGACUUUGACACAUCCAUGACUGAUGAAGAAAAGUCCAAUGUCAAAAACUCUGAGUGUUAUGCGUAGUGUUUACCUGUCAAGAUUUUAUCUAUGUCUUCUUUCUUUCAAGAUUCAAUUUUCUCUUUUGCUUGUAUAACAAUCCAACAAAUACCAAAAAAAAAAAAAAGAAGAUAUAUCUAUAUAUGUGUACGCAAUGAGAGUUAUCUGCUAUCUAUCUAAAAGUGAGCAAUCUUUUCCGAAAUUUAACGUAGUAAACAUUUGAAGAGUUCCUUUUGUCGUUUUCAGCUUAUGGCCUCUUUUGUUUUGCUAUAAUCUUGGGUGAUUGGGUAAGCACCCAAAACUAGAAUCAAAUUCAAGUCCAAUAUCAGCUGGUUUAAACCGGUCGACUAGUUCUAGAGGUUUUUUUUAUGUCUUAUCACCUGAUUCCUGGGGAAAAAAAUAUAUUUAGUGCUACAAAAUAGAUGGAACCACACUUCCAACGAAUGUCAAAAGAUAGCCAAAUCGUCUGUGUCUGGGCCGAAACCCGAAUAUAGACUGGCCGAAUACCAACAACUUUGUUGCCAGUAACAUCGAGAAAGUUUGUAUCAACUGAGGGGUCAAAGGCUCAACAUCUUUCUGGAUGGACUAAGUGACCACUACAAGAAAACAGAGAGAUUCUGAUGGCCAAAAUCGUCGGAAGUUCGUCGGAAAAGGCCUAUUCCGACGCAUUUCUGACGAAGGCGUUCGUCGGUAUCAUUUCGUCGGAAAAAAAGAAUUCGUCGGAAUUUCGUCAGAACUUCCGACGACUUUCUGACAAAUACCGAGAAAUGACAUUCUGACGAACUUCCGACAAUAUUCCGAUGCGGACACACGAGACUAGAGUUCAUCGGAAAAACUAUAUACCGACGGAGACGGAUCCUCCGAAGAUUCCGACGAACUAAGUUCUCGGUAAAUACCGACGGAGUCUGAUUCGUCGGUAAAUACCGACGGAGUAUGACUCGUCGGUAAAUACCGACGGAUUACGAUUCGUCGGUAAAUUCUGACGACUCACCAUUCGUCGGUAUGUUCCGACGAAUCAUAAUCCGUCGGUAUUUACCGACGAGUCAUACUCCGUCGGUAUUUAUCGAGAACUUAGUUCGUCGGAAAAUGUCAAUUUUAAUACGAAUUAAUUUUGCAUUUUUAUAUAUAUUUUUUAUAUGAAAAAUUAAUUAAUAAAUAAAUAAAAUCUGAAAUUUAAAAAUAAUAAUAUUAUAGAAUUUAAAUUCAUACAAACCGAAAUAGAAAAAAAAACAUUCAGAAAAUUUAAAAUUCAU